CAACUCCACUUCAACCGAGUUUUUUGGCAUGCUCCAGACCUAUUGUUCAGGGCUACAGCACCUAGCAUAGAUAUUUCUUUUCAACGUUACAACUUUCCAGAACGUGGCUAAGCGGUGAUUGGCGGGCCGUCGUCGGUAACCGGUCUAUUCAAGCGCGCGGCGUAAACCAGACGCCGCCACCACCUGAAGUUCUUCGUUCAUCUACGGUUUUGCUCAUAACGAGCGUCUUUCGGUCGUCUCGCGCAAGAUGUCCGUCGCAAAGAUGAAGAACACGCCUAAAGGGCGCAAGCUGCCGACGAAUCCGCAUUACCUCGAGUUCAAGCGUACCGAUGGCUCCGAGCGCAACUGGCCGACGAACACGACCAAGACUGUCGAUGCCGAGGGCAAUGUGAACUAUAUGCGACCUAUCCCACUUGACGAGAGUGCAUGCAUUGGCUGGCGCUGCGGCAUUGGUGCGGGUGUUGCUUUGCUCAUGAAGCUGCCUGAGCUACCGGAGGGUCACGAGUACGUGCUCAAGAGUUGGCCGGCUGGCUACCAGAUGUACGACCAUAAUAAGGGUCCGGAAAACCGACCCCGACACGACCCCUACCUCAUUGGAUCUGUUCAUGCUGCUCGCUUUCGCUCCAUCGCCGAGUUCGUCCCGCACGCCCUUUGGCUCAUGACAGACCCGACGCUAGACCGGACCAACUGCCAGUGCAAGUACUGCGCCCGCAAGCCGCAACGUGAGAUCUCGCAGGGCAUGGGUCUCUCCUCCGCGCGCCCGGCAUCCCAGUUCUCGUCCAAAGGGGGGCGCCCAAAACGGGAGGUGGCACAGAGGCCGCUCCCGUCUCCGGAACUGUACACGGCGGUGCGUCGGAGGCCAAAGGCCAAGAAGGUCAAGCUACUCCCCGGGCCGCAGGAGGUUAUCGUUCCCGAGCGCGUGAACGACGUGUAUGCCGCAUAUCACAGCAAGGGCCGCCGCGUGCGACGCUGGUGCAGGGAGGGUGAACUUGUGUGGUGCGCGCUGGACCAGCCGAUUGUGCUCCCGCCUGUGGGAGACCGCCAGGCGCAGUAUAUCACGCUGUGGCCUGCGAUAGCGCGGGAAUCGAAGGUCAAGGCACGGGCGGAACCGAAGGAGCCUAAGGCUGCGGACCCGGAGAUGGUGGCAGGCAUGGACCAGGCCGCGUCAACGCCAGCUUCGACGUCACGACCGGAGAAGCCGCAUACUGAGGACGAGGACGAGGACACGCCAUGGACAACCGUUCAAUGGGAUGUGUACAGACUCAAGCUGCUCGGCUGCAACUACGAGUGGAUCGUGGACUCAGCCAGAGUAGUGCCCUACCAGGCGUACUCCGUGCCGGACACAAUACUUCAAGCGCUGCUCGACAUCACCUCCUCUCAACCGCUUCCAGACGAGGCGAAGCUCGCGGAGUUCAGCCCGCUCCUCGAUGACGACGGGAAACCGCCCGAGUUUGCGGACGCCGCCGUUCCAUACUCGAUCGCGCUUGAGAUCGCGUCCGGGAUUGCGCGCUACUUCGGCGGGACGGACGAUUACGAGUGCCAGUACACGGAAGUGGUUCAGGCGCCGGCCGAUCGGCGUGUUACUCAGACUGCGUCCGCGCCCCCGGCGGAGAGCUCGCUGAGCGCGGUGAUGAACGCAUCUGCCCAACACAACGCCGCCGGGCUCGCGGAGCCAUCGAGCAUCUCGGCGUUGGCGCCGACCCAGACACAGGCGCAAGCUCCGCCGCUGACGCGGGCGGCCACGCAGCAGACUCGGACAGUGACGCAGACCCGGUUUCAGGGCCUGUGGUGGGGCGCGGAGCGUAUCUGGGCGGAUGACUUCGUGCGUAUCAAGUGCGACCGGAGCCAGGUCGCGCCGCGGGGGAGUGCGCACAUCCUCCCGCCCGCGGGGCCGAGCCGGAGCACACGCGAGCGGAUACGGCGCGAGCUGAACAUGCAGGGGGUUGAUGAGGAGGAAGGGAUGCGUAAGUAUGGCGCAAGCGGACGGGGCGUAUUCAUGCGCAUCGACGGUAUCUUCAUGGUGGAGAUCCCCCCGGCCGGGAAGGACCCCGCGCAGCGGUUGUGUAGGGUGUUCGGACAACUCUAUGAACUCGUGGAGGACGACUGGGAGGAGCCUGGCUCGGAGAAGGCUACGGCCGAGGGGGCUCAAAGGGACGGCGCAGAGAUGGGCAAAGGCAAGGAGAAGGAGAAGGAGAAUGACCCUCUCCCGGCAGAUCCAGCAGGAUCGAAGUCGGCGGGUGCAUCGCCCUCGCCCACCGAGCGGCCAGCGAUCACGGAACCAAAUCCGCUCCCGCCCUCGCCGGUGGGAUACAAGUUUCGCGCCAUUGUGAAGCCAGGGCACGACGUGGUGCUCGCCGUUGAGCUCAUCGCGGGGCGGUAUUAUCCCGGGUUGCUGCAGCAUCCGCUGGUUCAGCCGGAGGUUUUGCGCUCGCUCCGCAACAAUACGCCGGCAGAUGCGCAGCAUCUGUGGUCGCAGGAGGGACUUGCGUCGGGCGUGCACAGUGCGAUGGAGCCGUGGAAGCCAUCUGUGUCGCGGUAUACGAUGAUGCGCGAGGCGGAGUCCGACGCACGGAAAGAGCUUUUCAUAUAUUGGCGGCGUUUGCACGUCGAGCGCCAGGUUGCGAUCGCGAACAGCGGGGGGACCGGCGCGGCGAAGGGGGAUGAGGAUGUGGUGAUGGCCGAUCCAUGAUGAUGAGGUGCUCUGCAUAUCAUCAUAGACAAUUGCUUUUCUGCUUUUCGUUUACUCUUGUAGUUUGUUGCUCGUUUCGUCUACCUAAUAUACGUACCAUACGAAAUAGCCUAC